AUGCACGACUGUUUGUGCAUGUGGACAUGCGUGGCGGAAAAACCCUUAUGCGCGAUAAUACUCCAUAUAGUCUACAGACAGAAACUAAUUUGGACUCCAACUUAUAAUAGACUCCUUAAUUUCGACACGUCCACUUCCGUCGCCACAUCGCGCCGUAACUCGCGGCCGCUGCCCGCCCAGCAAACGUUUACGAGCGCCGCGAUCCCC